AUGUCAGAUUACAGUUUGAUUGACAAUCACAGAGAACUGACAAAACUAUUAGCUGUACAGGAUGUUGAUAUAAAGGACUGUGAAUAUUCAGUGAGAUACGUUAAAAGAGAAAUCAGUGAUGACGUGAUGGAGAAUAUGAUUGGAAAAACUCUGGAUUUAAACAAUAUCAGUCUGAAUAAAACAAACUCAUUCAAAUAUGGAGAUAAAUUAAUAGGUGUAUUGGAGGCAUUGUGUGAAGAUCAGUGUUAUAUAAGAGAAUUAGGGUCAGAUAACAUUGAAAAAGUAAACAAAGAAGGUGACAAAAGUCAUGAAUAUAAUAUUAAAGCCAAUGCCAUGUGUAUGAACCAUGAUAACGGUGAUGUUUAUUUCACUGACUUCAGUAAAAAGUCCAUCAGCAGUCUGUCACCAUCAGGAUCUGUGUCUAUAGUCAUCAGUACAGAUCCACUGGUACCAUGGGGAAUCUGUCAGUCAGUGGACGAUGGACUGCUGGUCACCUUGAGAGACAAAGCAUCAGAUUAUUACAAAUUAGACAUACACAGCAGACGUCUGGUGAGACACAUCACAGUGACAGGUGAUGUCAUCCAUGAGUACGAGUACCGGGAGGACGGACAGACCAGACUGUUUACAUUCCCACUCAAAGUCAUACAAAACAGUAAAAGUGAUAUCUGUGUUGUGAACCAUACAAGUUACACUACAGGUGAACUAGUCAUCCUGUCUCCCUCUGGUCGAAGGAAGUCUGUCUACCGUGGACAGAAUCUGACAAAGGACUUUAAACCAACGGAUGCAGUGUGUGACUCUCUCUGUAACAUCCUUGUUACUGAUUUUUACAUAAGUAAAAAACAGAUCCAUCUGCUGAGUCCUGACGGGGAGUUCCAGAAGUUCUUACUCCAGGACAAUGAUGUAAAUCUUCCAGUCAGAUUAUCACUAUACAAGUCUACCCUGUGGGUAGGAUACCGGGAAGGACUUGUCAAAGUGUUUCAAUACACAUUGUAA